GAAUUCGCACACAAGGAAGCUGCAGACAAUGCCAUUGAUGGCAGCAACAGAACCAACUUCCUAGGUAGAUCGAUUGUCGUCGAGAAGAGCAGCUCUGCAACCAGACGUCCAGUGCCAGGCGAAGGCAAGUGCUUCCACUGCCAGCAAGAGGGUCACUGGGCCAAGGAAUGUCCCGACCGUGAGGGAGAGAGAAGGAGGAAGAGACGGCGGAAGAGACGGAGGAAGAGACAGAGACGGAGGAAGAGAUGGAAGAGUCCACCCCUACAGCCGCGGAGUAACAACAGAGAUAGAUCAAGAUCGAGAUCAAGAGAUAGAAGGUCUCGCUCCCGCUCUAGAUCCAGAGAGAACAGGUCAUCGUUCAGAGUCGCCAGUGGUGGCAGUGGCGGUGACAAGUCCAAGGGAGCAGAUAGGGAGAGAUCCAGGGAUAGGGAGAGAUCAAAGUCUUUGGAGCGCUCCACCAGAUCCGGUGAUGCCGGAGACAGAGCAAGAUCCAGAGACAGAGACGGCUCCCCAGCACCCCGCACCAGAGAGAGAGAUAGAUCCCCAGGUUUCAGCACCAAUGGCGGUGCCAGCAUUGCCAACAAUGGUACA